AUGAAGCCUGCUAUCCUCCUGGUCUUCAUUCUCUGCCAAGUUCUACCAGUCAGAGGCAAGUUCAAGGAAAUCUGUGAGCGACCCAAUGGCUCCUGCCAAAGAUACUGCAUUGAAACGGAGGUGUAUGUUGGACAGUGUUUAGACAACAGAUUCUGCUGCCUGCCACUUGGCAAGCAUCCCAGGAUCGAGAACACCACCCCCAGGAAGGAGGUGCAGCCCCACCCCCAGCGAAUAAAAGCCCAAGAGCCCCUUGAGGGUCACUGGCCACUGCCUCUGGGCCCUCAACCAUGA